AUGAAUGUACUUCCACCAAUAACUAUCCCAACUUUUAUUCAACCCAUUGUUGAAUCAGCGGUUGCUUGGUUUACAAUAACAUUUAUUGCGAUCCCAGCUUCUGUUUUCUUUGUGAUUUGGGAUUGUCCAAAAUCUAUUUGGCGAUUUUUCUUUAAUGAUUAUCCUAAAGUUAUUCUUAUUACUGGUGCAAAUUCUGGUAUAGGAGCAGAACUCGUGCUCGCUUAUGCGAGAAAAAACAUUACUAUUGGACUUAUUGCUCGCGAUAAAGACCGUUUGGAUGCUGUGUCAAAAGCUUGCCAUAAACAAGGUGCUACUACUCGAAUUAUACAAUGUGAUAUUACCAAUAUGGAAGAUUUAAGUAGAUGUAUUGAUAAAUUCGAUAAUGAAAAUCCAAUUGAAUUGUUAAUUGCUAAUGCAGCUCAAUCUGGCGCAACUAUUGAUCAAGUGGAGGAUUCAUGGAAACGAGCUCUUGAGGUGAACAUUACGGGUACAUUGGCAACAGUUGUCUUAGUUUAUAAAAAAAUGCGCGAGAGAAAAAAGGGACAAAUUGCAAAAAAUCAUGCUGAAAUUACUUGGCCUUUCUUUGAAUAUUUACCAACUUAUGCAACUUAUAUUUUGCCACCAAGAAUUUUGGAAGUGGCUACUUACAUGGCUGGUAAAUUCAAUGGUUUUGUUACUGGUAGUGGUGAUAUUGCUUGGACUUAA